AUGGCUGAGGUCGUGACCUGCCUUGAGUCUAUAUUGACGUUACAAAAGAGUCACACGAAUCCAUCGCAGGGUGCGCUAAGUAUGAAGAUGCUUACCUAUGAUGUUUUGAAAAUAUAUACAAGUGACUUUAGUCAAAAUCUGCCUUUUGGUGAGACAGAGGUGUAUCUAGGUUGGGUUAAGCUUGAGCAGGAGAAGUUAGCCCCUUCGAAAGAAGGUGUUGGAAUUGUUGUUGUUGUUGCUUCCAAAUCGAUGGCUCAUGAUGACUGGCUGGAAGAGGUGAACUUCAUGGGACAGCUGGAUCAUCCUAAUAUCAUUAAACUCUUGGGAUGCUGCAAGAGUGAUGGAGACGGAAACUAUCUUGUUUACGAGCACAUGCAGAGAUCCCUCCGUCACUUUAUUCAAGGAGAUGAUGGUUUGGAACCACUUUCAUGGAGGGCACGAAUUAACAUCCUAAUAGGAGUUACUCGUGGAAUGGCGUAUUUGUAUACGGAUAAAGGCGUACGUUGUAAUUUCCGAUUCGAUGAUAUAUUGCUGGAUGAGGUAGGUACUCAUUUGAUUUAUGGCAGGGGUGUUCUUAAUUCGGGCCAGUUUUACGAUAUGGGCUGCUGCUACAUACAUAAAACCAUAUUGGGCAGCAAGGUUCAAACACUAAAAAAAUGGAUCUAA